UCGAUGUUUCGCUCAGCUUUCCUCGACAGGACUUGAAUAUUCCGGCUUGAAAUUGUUUAAACAUUUCGCGUCGAGCAGCUUGGCAGUCGGAAACCAGUUCACCCGUAGAAGCGGCAAGUUUUCCGGAUUCCAGGCGGCUGUGAGAAAAGUGCUACUAGCUUUCCCCCAAUCACAAACACUUGACAAACAUUCUCGUCCCUUAAACACUCCGCUUGUACUUUGGUUCGUCCCACCGUCCGGAGGUACUCACCCAGUUCCCGACUGCCGUUGCCACCUGAGACAGGUGCUGUUGCAAGACCAGGCGAGCGGGACACCAAGCAGACGGGUCAAGUGACCACCCACCAAGCGGACGAGCAGGCCGAUCCCGGCCAGGACUUUGCCAUGGAGCGCCGCUACCUGAAGAACCCCUUCGCCGACUUCGCCGGCGGCGAGAACACACCGUUUGCCAGCGAUGAGGAGCACAUCAAGAACCUGAUCUGCACCUAUGUGGACGCCAUACUGGAGCACUGUCAUCCGAACAACGAUGAGGAGGACAACCGUGGGGAUCUGUAUGUGGGCAAUGCCGGCAUAGCCUUCAUGUUCUGGAAGCUCAACAGCUGCGAGCAGACGCGCGACCUCUAUCCGGCCCUGGACCAUGCGGCCUCCUUCAUCCGGAACGCCAAGGCGAAUGCCAAGCGGUACAAGAAGCGCUCCGCCGAGCGCUACUCCUUUCUGUGCGGCAAUGCCGGCAUCUAUGCCGUUUCGGCGGCCAUCUCGCAGGCGCUCAAGGACACCGAGGAGCUGUCCAACGAUUUGGCCAACUUCAAGUCGGGCAUCCCGUCCAGCCAGGAGUUCAUGCACACCAAGUACGGCUGCGACGAGGUGCUGGUGGGCCGGGCCGGCUACCUAUCCGGCUGCUAUUGGCUGAACGAUGUGCUGCCGGAGAAGAAGAUCACCGACGACGACCUGGUCUCCAUUUGCCAGCUGAUCGUGACCAGCGGCCGGGAGUACAGCAAGAUAAACAACUCGCCGUGCCCGCUGAUGUACCAGUACCAUGGCACGGAGUACCUGGGCGCGGCCCACGGCCUGUGCGCCAUCCUGCACAUGCUGUUGGACAGCCCGUGGUUCCGCACCAUUCCCAUUUCGGCGCCGGCCGCCGAGCUGCGUGAUAUCAAGCGCUCGAUUGACUUCUUCCUGGAGCUGCAGGACAGCGAUGGCAACUUCCCGGUGGCCCUGGAGGAUCUGCGUUCCGGAAGGGACAAGCGUCUGGUGCACUGGUGCCACGGAGCACCCGGCGCAGUGUAUGUGCUGGCCAAGGCCUAUUUGAUCUUCAAGGAGGAGAAGUACUUGGCCUCGCUGCGUCGCUGCGCGGACAUGGUGUGGAAGAAGGGCUUCCUGCGCAAGGGGCCGGGCAUCUGCCAUGGUGUGGCGGGCAAUGGCUAUGUGUUCCUGCUGCUGUUCCGGCUGACCAACGAGAUGAAGUACCUGUACCGGGCGCACAAGUUCAUGGAGCUGCUGACCGAUGCGGAGUUCAAGCAGCGCGCCAGGACACCAGAUCGUCCGCACAGCCUGUACGAGGGCGUGGCCGGCACCGUCUGCUUCCUGGUGGAUCUCCUCGAGCCGGAGCAGGCCUACUUCCCCUUCAUGGACGUAUUUCACUAGACGGGAUGGGCCGGACUCCGGAUGCCCAGCACACUGCUCAACACGACUUUCAAAUCAGGGAGAGUUAUCAUCAUUUCUAGUCACUUGUUUGCCCACUUUUCCGUUGUAGUUCUCUCAUUGUUGCCUUUUGCGUUAACCCAGCGGACUGGGACGUUGGAGUGGAAGAUGGAAGAUUGAGGAUGCUAGACGCUAUAUGCUAGCUGCUAGGUCCACACGAAACACGCAUCCGAUCUCUGAGCGCACCGCACGCAGGAAUGUUCUCAGCCAUUCUCAUAUCAAAAUUCUUUGUGCUUUACGCUAAGCAAUUAACUUAAUACAUUGAUACUUAUACACAGACAUAUUACAUAUACAUUAUAUUUAUAUACAAUUUAUAUUAUAUAUAUAUACAUAUAUAUAUAUACAUACUUGCGCUGACAUCUAUAUACAGACAAACAUAAUACUUACAUGCAUAGUGUGCUUUAUACCUACGAGUAAUCCACGAAGAGCUCUAAAUCUACUGUCAAUGAGAAUCGAAUAAAUCAUUGUACUAUUUUAUACAGAUA